UUCAGAAAAAAUAAUGUUAUAUGUAGGUUUCUGUAUUACUUCUUGACACUUUGCUUCUGUUAACAAAUCCUUAAUGGAUGCUUUCUCAACUAUUUGCUUUAUUAUUAUAGGUUCCGGAUUAGUAUCAUACACAGAUGGAUACUGCUCCGGGGUCGGAGCUAACCCAGGGUUCAAGUCUGCUCCAACCGUCCAACAGGUUAGUAUGACCAGCGUACUAGUGAGCUGGGAGGGAAGGGUGUCAAGAAUUGACUGCGCUGAUCAGUUUCUUGUUAAAUCCUGGGUUCUCAAUAAUCCAAACUAUUAUCAGAUCUCUGAUCUUUUACCUACGGAUCAAUUCAGCUAUAAAGUUGAGGACCUUGUUCCAAAUAUGGAGUAUGCUUUCCAGGCUGUUGCAAGAGAGGAUAAAGGAUUGCUUGGAAAGGACUGGAACAAAUCACCAGUAUCAAUCUUCUCAACAUCGUCAAAAAACCCAACAAUAAAACCGUUUGUAUUUUUUAAAAACAUUAAACCAACCCUGAGUCGUGGUGAGAACCCAGUCCCUCUCACCCCUGGUUUAAAGACUGGUGGAGAAAGAAAUGAUAUCCCAGAAACCGAUACAACGGAACAGGAAGAGUUAAAUCUUCUCCCGAUCUUCUUUCUUUCUUCUGCUCUGGUCAUCAUCAUUCUUUUAGUUAGUGGAGGAUUGUAUAACAUCGGGAAGUUGUCUACCAGACGGAGAAGAAAAUCCGGAAAGGCAGAAAAAAGUGACUCAUCCACCAGCGAUUCUUUAGAGUUGGAUUCAGUAGAUGAAAAUACAGUCAGCUGGAGACAAUCCAGGAAGGAUUUAGUACUCUACCGAAGUAUGAAGGAUGUUAACUCUGAAAAAUUGAGCAGAGGAACACAAACUCCUAGGUCGUGUAGUUGCUCUAGACCCCCCCAUAAGACGCCUCCGAAGGAGUUCUUCACCGGUCUUGCAUAG